CAGGGUAUUAGUGACACCUCAACCCCUCGACCCUGCUAGGCCUAGUCAGGGGAUGUCUCUACGCUGCCGGGACGCCGCCCGCACCCUGGGGCCCCGGGUAUUUGGAAGAUAUUUAUGCAGGCCUGUCAGACCAUUCAGUUCCUUGCCAGAUAAAAAACAUGAAUUUUUACAGAAUGGGCCAGACCUUCAAGAUUUUGUAUCUGGUGAUCUUGCAGACAAGAGCACCUGGGAUGAAUAUAAAGGAAACUUAAAACGCCAGAAAGGAGAAAGGUUAAGACUACCUCCAUGGCUAAAGACAGAGAUUCCCAUGGGGAAAAAUUACAAUAAACUGAAAAAUACAUUGCGGAAUUUAAAUCUCCAUACAGUAAGUCUUCAAAGGUCAUCUGUCCCUUUGAUUUCAAUUGUAACCUCUCUAUUCCAGUUGAUGGGGGACACAUGUACAAGAGGUUGCAGAUUUUGUUCUGUUAAGACUGCAAGAAAUCCACCUCCACUGGAUGCCAAUGAGCCCUACAAUACUGCAAAGGCAAUUGCAGAGUGGGGUCUGGAUUAUGUUGUCCUGACAUCUGUGGAUCGAGAUGAUAUGCCUGAUGGGGGAGCUGAACACAUUGCAAAGACGGUAUCAUACUUAAAGGAAAGGAAUCCAAAAAUCCUUGUGGAAUGUCUCACCCCUGAUUUCCGAGGAGAUCUUAAGGCAAUAGAAAAAGUUGCUCUGUCAGGAUUAGAUGUAUAUGCACAUAAUGUAGAAACAGUUCCAGAAUUACAGAGGAAAGUUCGUGAUCCCCGGGCCAAUUUCAACCAGUCUCUGCGUGUACUGAAACAUGCCAAGGAGGUUCAGCCUGAUGUUAUUUCUAAAACAUCUAUAAUGUUGGGUUUAGGCGAGAAUGAUGAACAAGUAUAUGCAACAAUGAAAGCACUUCGUGAGGCAGACGUGGACUGUUUGACUUUAGGACAAUAUAUGCAGCCAACAAAGCGCCACCUUAAGGUUGAAGAAUAUAUUACUCCUGAAAAGUUCAAAUACUGGGAAAAAGUAGGAAAUGAACUUGGAUUUCAUUAUACCGCAAGUGGCCCGUUGGUGCGUUCUUCAUAUAAAGCAGGUGAAUUUUUCCUGAAAAAUCUGGUGGCUAAAAGAAAAACAAAUGCACUCUAAAACUUUGAUAAGACCUUCAAGAUCACGGAAAUUUUAAAAAUUAGAUUCCAGUUGGUAAUAGAGGUGAUGUCAGAAUGCCUAGACUUCAGUGGAUGUACCCCACUCUUUUUGCUUAAAGAAAAAUGUCAAUAAGCUGUAUAUAUUAAAUUAUAGUAAUUCACUUGGCUUUUAGCAUAUCUUCUUCAUCCCAGUAAAUUGUUGCUUGCUAUGAUAUAAUCAUAAAAUAGCUUUGUAAGAAUUUGCUAUUAACAUUAUAAUUUUAAAAAUACAUCAAAAACUUCCGGAAGAUUUUUCAAGCUCCUGUUGCCCAUAUAUUAUCUUCACAUUUCAUUUAAGAAAAAUGAAAAGCCAAAAUUUCAUUUAUGUUCCUGUGAUGAAACAGUCAACAUAGAUAAAGACUAUGAUCAGUUUACUUAUGAUUAGUAUGUGUCCUUUUCAUAAUAGUAUAAUAUCAUUGGAAUUGUGCAGAAAGGCUUAAGAUGUUGAUUCUUUACAUUGGUAUGACUACUUCAGAUCCUGCAGAACAGUUUUACAGUGAUUACUUGUUUAGUUCCCCUAUGAAACCGAGACAGUGAUGUUGUUCAAGGCAUGGAGAUAUAACCUAAGAAAUAUCAACCCUCAUUUGUAUAGUGCUUAUUUGUAAACUACAUGCACUCUCCCAUUUAUUCCUUUUAUUCCUCACAUUACUCUGGUGAGAUGGUUGCAUUAUAUAAUAAUGACCAGAAAAAGGAAUUUCUUUCUAAAAUACUAAUACUCACCACAGAUGUAUACAAUCAACUGUGUAACAAUAAAAAAAAAUUACUAAUACUCAA